GUGCGGACGUAGCUGGUAAGCUUUUUACAGGAAGAAAACUCGAUGUAGAUAAGAGUUUGUCGGCAUUUGAAACAAGAUUAGGUUGGGUUAUCAUGGGUAAAACACCUAAGGUAACCAAGGAGGAUGAUGUGAUUAGUGAGUUGUCAAUGUUCGUGAGUGAAGCAAACAUUUCGGAUCUCUGGAAAUUGGAUGUUAUAGUYUCUAUAACCGAAAACGGACGUUACACGGUUGAUUUACCCUGGGUCGAUGACCACGCGCCUCUUUCGCGUAAUUUAGAAAUGGCAAAAAGUAGAUUAAGUAAUACGGUGAGAAAAUUAAAUAAAGAUGGGUAUCUGGAAAAAUAUGAUAGAGUAUUCUCGGAGUGGCUCGAACARGGUAUAAUUGAAGUUGUACCGGACAACGAGUUGAAUGAUCGAGCUCACUAUUUACCUCAUCGUCACGUCAUAAAGUCUGGAAGUACUACUCCACUGCGGCCGGUGUUUGAUGCUUCUGCGAGCGAGAAGGGUUUUCCUUCUCUAAAUCAGUGUCUUGAAAAAGGGCCAAAUCUUAUAGAGUUAAUUCCUGCAAUUUUAUUAAAAUUUCGAGAAGACAAUAUAGCGGUAAUUGCAGAUAUUCGCAAGGCCUUUCUUCAAAUUGAAAUUAAUCCGAAAGAUCGUGACUAUCUGAGAUUUUUAUGGUUCGCGAAGGGUAAACUUAUCGCCUUACGUCACCGACGCGUUGUUUUCGGUCUCACUAGUAGUCCAUUUUUAUUAGGUGCAGUAUUAGAGUAUCACAUUUCUCAGAUAAAAGGGGUACCAAAAUAUAUUACUGAAAAGUUAUCGAAAUCYUUUUAUGUAGACAAUUGCGUCACCAGUGUUAAAUCACCAGCGGAGUUGGAGACCUUUAUUGAACAGGCAACAUCGAUAAUGAAAAAAGGCGGUUUCGAAUUACGAGGGUGGGAGUAUACCCAUGAUAACKCGGAGARAGAAGAAACUCGGGUGCUCGGGAUUUUGUUUAAUAAAGCCCGCGAUACGAUAUCGGUUAACACUGUGUUGAUUGACGAGAUUAGUGACGAGAUAACAAAACGUAAGAUUCUUUCGAUUUCACAUAAGAUAUUUGAUCCAAUCGGGUUCACAGCACCGGUGAUGAUAAUUCCGAGAUUAAUAUUGAAAAGAUUGUGUAAAUCGGGAUACGAUUGGGAUUCACCAGUAGAUGAGAAAUCACAUAAGGAAUUUUUUACGUGGUAUAAUCAGCUACAUUACUUAAAUAAAAUAGAAUUGCCGAGAAGUUUCGGUGAAGGCGUUUUCUCUCUACAUACCUUUUGUGAUGCGAGUCAAUCAGCGUACGCUGCGGUAACAUUUUUACGUGUAGAGAACGAGAACGAAGUAAAAUUGCAUUUUUUGGCGGCGAAGGCGCGAAUCGCACCAGAUAAUUCRACUAUACCGCGUCUUGAACUCUUAGCCGCUUGCAUAGGUAGUCGACAAACUGAAGAUGUUCUACAGGCCAUUAGUUAUAAAGAUAUACCCGUUUUUUGUUGGUCCGAUUCGACWACUGUGUUAACAUGGAUAAAUCGUGAUAGUCAAUGGGGCGUAUUUGUGUGGAAUCGCGUACGCGAAAUUAGACAUUUGUCAAAAUCGUGGACAUGGCAAUAUGUACCCGGUCCUCAAAAUCCAGCCGAUCUACCGUCGCGCGGCUGUCAAGCRAAACAAUUGUACGAUUCGCACUGGUGGGAGGGACCGGAUUGGUUGUACGGGAAUCRGGACACCUGGCCGUGUGCGAAAGGUGUCGUUGACGAAAGUGAGGUAAAUAGCGAGCUCAAGAAGUCAGCUGAGCUCACGAUGCUUAAUGUGAAAUGUGUAGAUGUGAACUUGGUAAACAGGUUCUCCUCAUAUAGUAAAUAUCUGAGAUUUUUAUGUAUUAUGAUUAGAUUCAAGAAUUUUUUGAUAAAGAAAGAUGUAAGAACAAAAUAUUUGACUUACAAAGAGAUUCAAGARACAGAAAUAAAAUUAUUAAAAUGUUUGCAACACGAUAUGUUCUUACCGAAAAACGAUCCGAAAUUGUCAGCGAUUAAAGUGUUCAAGCAUAYUGAUGGGUUACUAMGAUUAAAAACGAAGAUAAUACAGCGAAAUGAUAWUUUCUCUUUUUUGUGUCCAAUAUUAUUAGAUAGCAGACAUAAAGUUGUGGAACUGYUAGUUCGCGAAACGCAUGAGAGUAUGAAUCAUGCUGGUGUACAGACUGUGAUGUGUCAAUUGAGAGAAAAAUAUUGGAUAUUACGUAUGAGAAAAACUGUGCGGGAGAUAAUCUCAAAAUGCGUUAUUUGUAAAAGACAGGGUGCUAAGCCAAUGAGAGUAAAUCCCGCCCCUCUGCCGCUGAAUCGAGUCAAAGACGCCGCUGCGUUUCAAAUAACGGGUGUAGAUUUCGCAGGGCCAUUAUAUUUACGCGGGCGACAGAAGGCUUGGAUCUGUUUAUUUACUUGCGCGGUCUAUCGAGCCGUACAUUUAGAACUCGUAACCGCUAUGUCGACGGCGGCAUUUCUAGAUGCGUUAKAUAAGUUUAUUAGUCGCCGCRGUCGACCAUCGGUCAUUUAUAGUGACAAUGGCACGAAUUUUCUUGGAGCUAAUAACAUGUUCGAAAGAUUAAAUUGGAAUGCAAUCGCUAAGUAUAGCUCCGCAAAACAAAUAAAUUGGAUCUUUAAUCCACCGACUGCAGCAUGGUGGGGAGGUUGGUGGGAGCGYCUAAUAGGUAUGGUAAAAGUCAUUCUGCGAAAAAUUCURGGAAAAGCGUGCCUCACAUACGAGCAAAUGUAUACUGUAUUAGUUAACURCGAGCGCACCAUAAMUUCGCGUCCUUUGACGUACGUGUCGGAUUCGCCGGAUGACUUAAGGCCUCUUACCCCGGCCAUGUUUCUGCAAGAUCUUAGAGAAUCUGAAUGUCCAGAUGUAGAUAUUAGUAGAAGARUCAAUUUUGAUAAAGCUAUUCGAUAUAAGCAAGARCUUAUAAAACAUUUACGGGAACGCUUUCGAAAAGAAUAUCUCAGUCAACUAGUUUUAAAAGGCGACGUAAAAGAAUCUCGUAUCUUGAGACCAGGUGAUGUCGUCAUGAUAGGCGACGACAAUCGAAAACGUAUCGGGUGGCCUUUGGCUAGAAUCGAAAGGCUGAUAAUGGGUCGUGACGGUACAGCGAGGGUCGCGAUUCUGCGAACCAAAGAAGGGAGUUUAAAGAGACCGUUACAACGUAUUUAUCCGCUGGAAGUCGAGAGCGAUAUAGAUAGUAUGAAUGUAGARGACGAAAGYGUGACAAUGAAKGAGAAAAUUACUCCUACCAAUGCCAGAGAAAAAGAKUGUAAACCUAAGACGGAAUGCGAUACGACAGACAUAGUAAAAACGCGAAGUGGACGUAUCA